UUGUUUCCUGUCCUCUUGCACAGCAGAAACUGAGAACAAUUUCAAGGGAAUUGAGAGCAAGUUUUCCUUAAGGACACCUGCAGAGCCUGAUGAAGAUGUCUGCUACCUGGUUCCUGGGCAGGUGGACAGCCUGGCACGGUGCAGCUUCAACCAUACCAGUAAAACCUUUGUGGUGAUCCAUGGGUGGACGGUGACAGGAAUGUAUGAAAGUUGGGUCCCGAAGCUGGUGGAUGCUCUGUACAAGAGGGAACCUGAUUCAAAUGUCAUUGUGGUGGAUUGGCUAACUCGAGCUCAGCAGCACUACCCAGUAUCUGCUGCAUACACUAAGCUGGUGGGAAAGGAUGUUGCUACAUUUAUUGACUGGAUGGAGGAGCAGUUCAAUUAUCCUCUCAACAAUGUCCAUUUGCUGGGGUACAGUCUAGGUGCUCAUGCAGCUGGGAUUGCUGGGAGCCUGACCAAGAAGAAGGUGAACAGAAUUACUGGCCUGGAUCCAGCUGGUCCUACCUUUGAGUAUGCUGAUGCCCUCACCCGCCUCUCCCCGGAUGAUGCUGACUUUGUGGAUGUCCUACACACCUACACUCGAGGCUCUCCAGACCGCAGCAUUGGGAUCCAGAAGCCUGUUGGACACAUUGAUAUUUAUCCUAAUGGUGGAGGUUUCCAGCCAGGUUGCAAUUUGGGAGAAGCACUCCGUCUGAUUGCUGAAAAAGGCUUUGCAGAUGUGGAUCAGCUGGUGAAAUGCUCUCAUGAACGAUCCAUCCACCUCUUUAUUGACUCCCUCCUCUAUGAAGAAAAGCCCAGCAUGGCCUACCGCUGCAACACAAAAGAGGCCUUUGAGAAGGGUCUUUGCCUGAGCUGCCGGAAGAAUCGCUGCAACAACUUGGGUUACAAGGUCAACAGAGUGAGAACAAAGAGAAACACCAAAAUGUACUUAAAGACUCGAGCUCAGAUGCCCUAUAAAGUAUUUCAUUACCAGGUCAAGAUCCAUUUCUUUGGAAAGACUAAUACAACCAAGACAAACCAGCCAUUCCUGAUCUCUCUCUAUGGCACUCUAGAUGAGAGUGAGAACAUUGCUUUCACGCUGCCUGAAGUUUCCUCAAACAAGACCUUCUCCUUCCUGAUUUACACAGAAGUGGACAUUGGUGACUUGCUUAUGCUGAAGCUGCAGUGGGAGAAAGACACCUUCUUCAGUUGGUCAGACUGGUGGACUCCUUUUACAUUUGACAUCCAGAAAGUCAGAGUGAAGUCAGGAGAAACUCAGAAAAAGGUGGUGUUCUGUUCUCGAGAUGGUACCUCGCGUCUCAGUAAGGGAGAAGAGGCAGCAAUAUUUGUGAAAUGCUUGGAGCAGCCUGUCAACAGGAAGAGAGGAGGUGCCAAGAAAGCCUCUAAAGAAAAUUCUGCUCAUGAAUCUGCUUAAGUGACAAGAAUGAAGAUUUUCCACACUGGGGAGGAGGAGGACUGGAUCUGUGGACUGGAUGUUCAGAACCAAAUAUAUAGAAAUAUUUAUCCGCUGCUGGCUUUGUGCCUGCUAUUCCUAGCUAUUUUAGGAGACUUCCUGUAAGGAAGUCUCAGCAUACAAAGUUACUAACCAUAAAAAUACAUUAUCCAAAUAGUUAAAAAUGAAAUGAAACCCACAAAACAACUUGCCCAAAGGCUUGAGUGCUGGGAAGGAAUAAGUGAUUUUGCUUAAUCAUGGUGCCUUGUGACAAGGUUUCUUGACAUCAGAUCCUCUAUAGCAAUUUUCUGGUAUUUAUUGAAAAGAAGCAAAACCCUGUACGUGGCUUUUCUUUCUUUUUGGGAGUCUUCAAAACUGGACACAUUUUUUUCUGGCUUGCUAACUGAAUUUUUUGGACAGUUCAGUGGCUAGAGUUUGUUGUCUUGAGGUGUGUUUGGCAAAUGGGUAGAUUUCUCAUGUGAAAAAACACCUUUGCUGUGCAUGUUACUAAAAGGUGUAACAGACUGACUUAAUAUGGGGAUGAAUUUUUUAGUUUGUUAUGUGUUUUACUGGGGGUAGAUGCCAGAGCUGCUUAGCAAUAGGUAUGGUCUGUUAAGCUAUAUGCUUCUAUUCAGCUUACCCUGGAAUAAAUAGCAGUUGUAGGGGAAGACAGCAAUACCAGUGUCCUAUGCAGACAUUCAACUUUUAAUCUCUGCUUUCAUUCCUUGAAAAUGAAACCAUCUAGCCUCCAACACUGUGUGGAUAAGGAACUGCAAAGGAAUUGAGCUAACAGACUGCAGGAAACAUUUUUGUUCUUUUUUUCCUUGCCAUUUGCUUACAUCCCAUAUGCCAAAACUGUGACAGUUUCUCUGCUCUUUGGCACCAAGUGUCAGUCAUGCAGCUGAGUGGCUGCUGUAUGUAGUCAGUGCAAGUGAAUCCACUUGGUGGGUAACAAGCAUGCUUGUGCUUCCCUGGUCUGGAAUUGUGACUGCUAGUGAUGCACCUCAGUUUGUUGCUUGGCUGUGAUACAAUGCUAGAUCCUAGGAGCUACUUGGUUUUCUGACAUGAGGUGGAAUUCAGCAGGGAGCAGGAGCUGUGACAGUUACAAGGAGCCUGAUUGUGUGAUGCACAAGAAUGAAUGCUCUGAAAAACACUUGAAUGAGACAUGCUGCAAGUUGCCAAAAAUAGAUACAUUGAAAGCAUUUUGCUUCCCCUUUUUUUAGGUAACAUGUAAUUUUUCUAGUGCUCUGAAAGGUUCAAUAGCCCUUUUGUAGCUUUAUAGAAGAUAAAGAAGAUACUGGGGAGGCAGAAGAGCUUGAAGGUAGACACUUGGAGAAGUGUAAUGUGAGCUAUUGAACUGGUUUUUGUAGUCUCUUCCUUAAUUAGCAAGACAGUGUGGAGGUCGUUAUUUCUCCCAUAUCAUCCUAUCUUGAAAGCAAAACCAACAUGUAUGCAUUUAUGUGCACAGUUUGUUUUUUUUCUAGCCAUGGCUGCUAGUAUAUUUGGGGAUAAAACUCUUAAAACAGUGCAAUAUGUUGGAAUAUUAAUAACUCUGAAAUUGCUCACAUUUGAUUUCCUAACACUUAAACUACAGCAGAGAUGUGAUGAGUCACUGAGGGUGGGGUUGAGUAUUGAGCCACUGCAUUGGAGACCUCUAAAAAUAAAUAUAAUGAUUUAUUCCCUAUAGACUUCACAUUUUGUUGCAAUUUUCUCUUAAGAGUUAAGUUCUUUGGAAAUAAAGUGUCUAAACAGGUGUGCUAACACAGUAUCAAAUGCAAACGCAUGCAGAACUUGGACACAAAAUAGUGAAGGUUCUUGUACAUGAGGACACAUGAUUUCGCUUUGGAUGUUAUUUAUUAGCUGUAAAUAAGAUAUUUAUGUGUGUAAAGGUAGUUUGUAUAUAUUGCUAAAGUUGCUGACAGUCUCUGCAUUAAUACAGUUGUGUAGUAUUAAUCCUGUACAUAGCUUUCAGAGAUGUUUAUCAACAAACCACCUACACUGCAUUAUUUCCUAUGUGGUUAAUACAUUUUUUUAAAAAAAGAAAGCUCCUCUGUUUUGUACAGAAUGGAAACUUAUGGUUUUAAUAAAAUUCCCAAACUGAUGCCAAA